AUGAUCCCGUUAGGCCGACCAAUUACUUUCCGCUCCAAAGAUUAUUUGACCCUGAGGCCAGACGUUAUUAAACAAGAAGAAUAUGAGCUCUGGCAGCCUUGUCCUCCAGGUGCUUUGGGACCAACUUCAUUCCGGUACCAGAGAUGGUCCGGCGAUAAUGACGGACAUCAUGGAUUCGCCUACCCUGUCAGGUCGCUCGAGGAGCGGUCGUGCCGCGACCUCCUGGAGCCGCUCGAAGUGCGUCUACACAACUGGCUGUUCAUCUUGCCUCAUCACCUGAGGUACUCCACGACGAGCGCGCUCACGACGCCGCAUAUACUGGUGCUCCAUAGUCACUCGAGUAUUGCGUGGCGGUGCUGUUGCUGCAUCGGGCAUUUCUACCGAAGUGGAACCUCGACAUCCGGUGCUGAGGAAUCGAAUAUUUCUACAGACAUUCUACCGCCGAAGUCCUUUGAUCUUUGCCAAAGCGCAGCGUCUCAUGUCGGCACGAUAGGUCAGUUGAACAGACUUCGACUGUAUCAUGGGCCUGCCAUGAACAUUAGUGACCGUGUACAAUGA